GAAAACACGUGUUCAGAAAUGGCUGCGCCCUACCAGGACUGAAAACAGGAGAUCGGAUGAUCAAAGCAACAAUAAUAACAACAACAAUAGCUGAUUAAUAUAAGACAUUAAAAGGAACAAUGGCGCUUAAAGACACUGAGCAAGGGCAGCCAAUAACCAGAAGCAUGAUCAUAGAAAUGCUGGCCAAAAAGUUUGAAAAGCUACCAGACAUCGACAGGAAAAUAUUUGCAUAUGGUCCUGUGUAUUUGGGUGGCAAUGCUGGACUGGCUGGUCUGAUUGCCAAUAGUUUAUACCGACGUGCACUCCAUGUUACACAGGGACGCUUCACCUCCAGCCUUCCUAUGUCAGUUCUUCCCUUCCUGACAACAGUGGCCUUAUACAACGCAACUGUGAGCAAUCCUUUAUUAGCAGGAGACCUGAACUGCCCAACCUGUGCCCUAAUAAGAGGUGCUUUAGUGGGUGCAGUUGGUGGUGGCAUAUACCCCAUUUUGUUGGCAUUACCAGUUAAUGCUGGGCUUGCAGCCAGGUACAACAGUGCACCAAUGCCAGAGAAAGGAAACGUCUUGCGUUACUGGACGACCCUAAGCAAGCCCAUUGUGAGGAAAAUGUAUGCUGUACUGUUAUUACAGAGUCUGUUUGGUACUUAUUUAGGCUCCAAGCACUAUUCCAUCUAUUUAAAGAUGCUUCAGUUACCAGAUUCAGACAGAGAGGAGCUUCAUGACUAAUCCUUCCAAAUAAAAAGUCUGAGAAGUAGACUGCUCUAAACAAAAUUAUCUGUAUUGUAAGUGAUUGCUUGUAUUAUAAUAAACCAAUAAAGCCAGACACUUUUUCCAA